AUGACAAGUCGCAGGUUGAAGCAGGUGGGCUAUGUGUCCAGGUAUUGCCAGAGUCUGGAACUUCAAGAUUCCUUCCUUAGUGAGCCCAAGUUACUGAGGACCCGACAGCUGGUGUUUGCCUAUCGUGCCGGGAGACACGUUCCUCGCCUUCGGGAACCCCUCAGUCUUUAUGCUGUCACAUCCUCGGGGUCACAGCUUGCCCCACGAUGGCCAAUAGAGUGCGAGGUCAUCAAGGAACAGAUCCACCACAUUGAGUGGAGCCCUCGAGAAGCUGAGAGACUAUCCCAGCCCAGUCUACAUGAGGAGGUGCCAGAGUGUGGUGGGGAACAUGGCAGAACCGUGGUAUUCUGUAUCGAUGGAGCCCGAAAAGGUUCGUACUUCACCCGCUCCCGUAUUGGGGGUCGUCGGGAUCUGCUCCAUCUCGCUACAGCUGGUGCCAACAGCAAGGAUGGCGAGGCGCUGAUCUUCGAGUCGAGAUUUGAGAGCGGAAACCUGCAGAAAGCCGUCAGAGUAGGGGCGUACGAUUAUGAGCUGACUCUCCGCACGGACCUGUACACAGAUAAACACACCCAGUGGUACUACUUCCGAGUGAGGAACACCAGGGCAGGAGUCACCUAUCGCUUCACUAUUGUCAACUUGAUGAAGGCCAGCAGCCUGUACAACCAGGGCCUGAGGCCUCUCCUGUACUCGGAGCAGGAGGCUACGCAGAGGCAGGUGGGCUGGUACCGAGUGGGCCAGCAGAUCCGCUACUACAAGAAUGGCCUGAGCCAUGAGGGCAGGAGCCUGUACUCAUUGACCUGGAGUUUCAAGCUCCCCCAUAAAAAUGACACGUGCUAUUUUGCCCACUCGUACCCGUACACCUACAGCCACCUACAACGCUACCUGGCAGCCAUCGCCAGUGACCCAGUCCAGUCCCAGUACUGCAAGGUACGGGUCUUAUGCCACAGCCUGGCAGGCAAUAUCGUGCCCGUACUGACCAUUACCUCACCGGCCAGGAGCCACGAGACCAGCCCUGCCAAGAAGGCAGUGGUGGUGACAGCCAGAGUUCACCCCGGGGAGACCAACAGCUCCUGGGUGAUGGCUGGCUUCCUGGACCACCUCCUGGGCAACUCUGACGACGCCUGUCUCCUGCGCGACAUGUUCAUCUUUAAAGUGGUUCCCAUGCUCAACCCAGACGGGGUGAUAACAGGCAACUACCGCUGCUCGCUGGCAGGUCGUGACCUGAACCGGAACUACCGCACCAUGCUUCGGGAGGCGUUCCCCUGUGUCUGGCACACCAGGAAUAUGGUGCAGAGGUUACUGGAGGAGCGGGACGUGGUCAUUUACUGUGACUUCCAUGGACACAGCAGAAAGAACAACGCAUUCAUGUAUGGCUGCAACAACAAUGAGACUGCAUCACUGCGAUUCCAGGAGAGGAUCUUCCCCCUCAUGAUGAGUAAAAACGCAGCGGACAAGUUUUCUUAUCAGAGUUGCAAGUUCAAAGUUCAAAGGGGAAAGGAGGGCACGGGUCGGAUUGUGAUGUGGAGGAUGGGAAUAACUCACAGUUACACAAUGGAAACAACCUUUGCGGGAUCCACCCUGGGGCCGCGAAGAGGGACUCACUUCAGCAUUGAAGACCUCAAGUCACUGGGCUAUCAUUUCUGUGACACCCUGUUGGACUUCUGUGACCCUGACAGCUCAAAGUUUGAGCAGUGUUUGGAAGAGGUACGGACAGCGCUGCAAAGGGAGAUCCAUCUACGCUGGGAGAAGUCAGGCCGGGAAUACGAUCCCAAUGUGCCCCUGUGCGAUAUGUCUAUAUCCGACUUCGAGUCCAGUACCAGUGGAUCUGACAGCUCAGAGUCAGAUGGGCCCCCAGCACAUCUAAUGCGACUUGCAGAGCAGUCACAGCAGAAAAAGAAACGGCUGAGGACCAGAAAGGAGAGAAACAAACUGCGGCAGUUCCUCAGUGGGCCAGGCCUGCCUGCUCGCAUCAAGCAUCAGACAGCUCCAUGCGAAGCUAGUUCCAAGCAGAGUAAAAAGCAGGGAGGCGCCAUUCGGAGUGAGCAGCCACAGAAGGCAGUUUUGAAGCUCCAGUCUCGAUUCCGGGAGCAGAUUCCACCAGCACAGCCCUGGAUUCCCCAUCCCAUCAGUACACUGUCUGUCGUCUGUGCUGUCAACAGUAAGGAAAAGGCUGCAUUGUUCGAUGCGGUCAACUAUCGUUGGGGACUGAGCUCCACUCCGGGACAGAAAUACGCUAAAGAUCCCGUUGCAGAGGGCAGAGCCAACGUCAAAGUGUCGAAGUUUCGAGAUCAGUCUGGAGGGGGUAAUGAUUUUGAAGGCGGAGCUGUAUUCGAUGAGCAGGAGUCUGACAUAGGUGUCCUUGUUGUUCAGAUGUUCCCGGGAUGA